GGCCCAGCGCACUGCCGCACCCGGACCGCGCUGGGCCCUUCCCCGAGGCCGCCCCGCCCUCCCCGAGGGCGCCCACCGCCCCUCCUCGCCGUCACCGUCAACCUGUUUGGCAGGGCCCGGCAGGUCUGGCGAUGGGCGGGGCGCCCUGAGCCUCCGCACCCCUCUCCCCCUCCUCCCCACGAACCCGUCCUGUGCCUGUACUCAGGCCUCGCCGAGCUGGGCCAACCGGGUGUCCCAGGCCGGGAAGUCGGGGGUCCCCGGGGUGGGGGGGUUGAUCCCCAAGAAGAGGGAGGCCCCUUCACGCCCUGCUGGCAGGAGCCCUCCCCGGAGCCUGCGGGGUGGGGGUGCCCUCCCCGGGGGGCCGGGGCCAUGCCUCCUUGUGCCCUCUGAGGCCCCCACACCAUGGCCCGCUCGCUGACCUGGCGCUGCUGCCCCUGGUGCCUGACGGAGGAUGAGAAGACUGCCGCCCGGAUCGACCAGGAGAUCAACAAGAUCCUCCUGGAACAGAAGAAGCGGGACCGCGGCGAGCUGAAGCUGUUGCUGCUGGGCCCGGGUGAGAGCGGGAAGAGCACGUUCAUCAAGCAGAUGCGCAUCAUCCACGGGGCUGGCUACUCGGAGGACGACCGCAAGGGCUUCCGGCCGCUGGUCUACCAGAACAUCUUCGUGUCCAUGCGGGCCAUGAUCGAGGCCAUGGACUGGCUGCAGAUCCCCUUCAGCAGGCCGGAGAAUAAGCUCCAUGCUAGCCUGAUUAUGAGCCAGGACCCCUACAAAGUGACCACUUUUGAGAAGCGCUACGCAGUGGCUAUGCAGUGGCUGUGGAGGGACACCGGCAUCCAGGCCUGCUAUGAGCGCCGCCGCGAGUUCCACCUGCUUGACUCAGCGGUGUACUACUUGUCGCACCUGGACCGCAUCACUGAGGAGGGCUAUGUCCCCACGGCCCAGGACGUGCUUCGCAGCCGUAUGCCUACCACCGGCAUCAAUGAGUACUGCUUUUCCGUGCAGAAAACCAACCUGCGGAUCGUGGAUGUCGGGGGCCAGAGGUCAGAACGAAAGAAGUGGAUCCACUGCUUCGAGAAUGUGAUCGCUCUCAUCUACCUGGCCUCGCUAAGCGAGUAUGACCAGUGCCUGGAGGAGAACAACCAAGAGAACCGAAUGAAGGAGAGCCUGGCCUUGUUUGGCACCAUCCUGGAACUGCCCUGGUUCAAAAGCACAUCUGUCAUCCUCUUCCUCAACAAAACUGACAUCCUGGAGGAGAAGAUCCCCACCUCCCACCUGGCUACCUACUUCCCCAGUUUCCAGGGCCCGAAGCAGGAUGCGGAAGCAGCCAAGAAUUUCAUCCUGGACAUGUACACACGCAUGUACGUAGGCUGUGUGGAUGGCGCCGACGGGGGCAAGAAGGGCUCGCGUUCCCGGCGCCUCUUCAGCCACUACACGUGCGCCACGGACACACAGAACAUCCGCAAGGUCUUCAAGGAUGUGCGGGACUCGGUGCUGGCCCGCUAUCUGGACGAGAUCAAUCUGCUGUGACCCAGACCCCAACCAGCCACCCCCAGGGCUCGGACCUGUGCGUGGCAGGCAAGACCUUGCGGGCGGGGCCGGCUCUCAGCGAACCCAGAUGCCCCUUGUCGUUCCAGGCCCAGGUGACGGAAGGGCCACGAGUGAGUCGGGAAUGGAAGGCCAGUCGCCACCCCUCCCUUCUCUGCCCCUUGCCGGACAGCCCCUGGGGUUCCCCUCCUUUGACUCAGUUUACCUCUUCAGAAAGGGAGCAUAAUGGCCAUUUGGGAUGCCAGGAUGGAGGAAAAGGUGAAGAGAGCAGAGGAUGUAGGACUUGGGUGGGUGAAGCCCUCUCAGGAUCCCCACCUCCGGGUACGUCCCCUGCAGGGCAGCAGUCUAAACGCCCUGGAGGUGAUACCCCCAGGGAUGGGGGACCGGUCUUUCAGGCUGAGGCACCAGACUCUGGCGCCCCCUGGCGAACAGGAGAUGGUAUCUCCCAACCUGAGGUCUCGGUAGCUCAGAGAUUUCCCUUUUCUUUGGGGGAAGAGACCCCUGGAAAACGGUGUCUCUUUCAGAGCCUCGCUGUUCACAGUGUGUCCUGUUCUGGUUUGCAGACGAUGGAAACCGAGGUCCAUAGGCAUCCUCUUCCUUCCUAGGCUGGGGGCCGGGCGCACUGUAUCUUAGAACCUGUAUUUAUUCCCUCAUCUUCUGCGGGGUCCGUUGCAGGGUGGACAUUAAAGAAAUGACAUUCUG